UGUCCGCAGUCUCUGGUCAUCUCCUGUACUGUGUCCGCAGUCUCUGGUCAUCUCCUGUACUGUGUCCGCAGUCUCUGGUCAUCCCUGUACUGUCCGCAGUCUCUGGUCAUCCCUGUACUGUGUCCGCAGUCUCUGGUCAUCUCCUGUACUGUCCGCAGUCUCUGUCUCUGGUCAUCCCUGUACUGUGUCCGCAGUCUCUGGUCAUCCCUGUGCUGUCCGCAGUCUCUGGUCAUCUCCUGUACUGUGUCCGCAGUCUCUGUUCAUCCCUGUACUGUGUCCGCAGUCUCUGGUCAUCCCUGUACUGUCCGCAGUCUCUGGUCAUCUCCUGUACUGUGUCCGCAGUCUUUGGUCAUCCCUGUACUGUGUCCGCAGUCUCUGGUCAUCCCUGUACUGUGUCCACAGUCUCUGGUCAUCCCUGUACUGUGUCCGCAGUCUCUGGUCAUCCCUGUACUGUCCGCAGUCUCUGGUCAUCCCUGUACUGUCCGCAGUCUCUGGCCAUCUCCUGUACUGUGUCCGCAGUCUGGUCAUCCCUGUACUGUCCGCAGUCUCUGGUCAUCCCUGUACUGUGUCCGCAGUCUCUGGUCAUCCCUG